GCAAAUCCCCUAUCUUAGAAUCCUUUUCAUUCAAUCAAAUUUUUUUUGUUUUUUUUUGCUUUUCCAUUUUCGCCUCCCUUAACCUGGCCUUUUGAGCGCAGCCGUUUACUUGUACCAUUUUAAGCUUUUCUUUUUCUUUUUUUGGGAACAAUUUUUUUGUUUCCUCCCGUUGGAUCUUUCUUUGCAGCUGGUGUACGUUCCUUCUACAAGGGAAGGCCCCCGUUAAGUUUCCUUGCAGAGAUCUAAUUCUCACCCGCUUUUUGCCUGGGCCCGGGAUUCUUUUUUUUUUUUUUCCUGCGCGAAUAUCUUGGCUAGGCUUCGACUUGGUUGCUACAGGGUUUCUUAUUAUCUAGCAUCAAAGAGAGGGAAGGCGAUAGUUGGGAAGGAAACAAGAUUUGAUUUCCUGUGAUAAUGCAAGGCGUUUGAAGUUCAAAUCUAUCGGCUUAAAUUGAAGGACUUGUUUACCAUGCUUCAGAUAUUUUAUGGCGUUCUUGCUUGACAGUGCCUAAAUGGAAGGAGCAAUUUGGGUGCAAAUUCUCGAAAUAAAUCAAAUAUUUGUUGGAGACUGAUUCUACUUGUUCAAUGCUAAAACUCAAAGGCUCCCACCAUCCAGUAAUAUCUUACAGGCCUAUUCGACCAUCUGAUUUGGAGGUCCUUGAGAGGAUCCAUUGUGAUCUAUUUCCUAUCAGGUAUGAGACCGAGUUCUUCCAUAAUGUCGUUCAUGGCCGCGAUAUUGUUUCUUGGGGAGCUGUCGAUCGUAAUCGGCCCAAUGGUCACAGUGAUGAACUUAUAGGAUUUCUUACAGCGAGGAUUGUUAUGGCUAAAGACAGCGAGGUUGAAGAUUUGCUCAGGUUUGACUCAUCAAAAUCAGACCAGACACUGGUUUAUAUCUUGACUCUGGGAGUGGUAGAUUCUUACAGAAAUUUUGGCAUCGCCAGUUCCCUAAUUCGUGAGGCUAUCAAAUAUGCUGCUAACAUCUCAAAUUGCCGAGCAGUUUACCUACACGUCAUUUCAUAUAACAACCCUGCCAUCCAUCUGUACAAGAAAAUGUCCUUUCAGUGUGUAAGAAGGUUGCAUGCUUUUUAUUUCAUCAACGGCCAGCAUUAUGACUCUUACUUGUUCAUCUACUAUGUCAAUGGUGGUCGAUCUCCUUGCUCGCCGCUAGAGCUUGUCAUGCUUCUCGUGACUUAUGCAAAGAGUGGAUUUAAGUUGGCUGCCUCUAGGCUAUGGAGGAAUGAAGACAGAAAGAUUUCAAAGUGGGCCAAAUGUAAAGAAUCAGGCAGCCUUCUGCCUACGAUGCAGAAUAAGAGAAUCCUCAUUGCAGACAGCAGAGCAGGAGGAGGAUGUCAAUUUGUUUAAUGUUCGUAUAGUGUAAAAGCAUGGGUUCUUAAUUGCUAAUCCGAAUAGAUUUAUUUACUGGAGAUGGUCCAAAUGGAAUGCAGCAAAUAACAUUAUGAGGUAAUGAGUAUUCAUCUUAACCUGAGGGACUUGGCAAAUUCUUCCUGAUCAAAAAAGCAAGUCAGCUUGAGUUGUGUUUUAAAACAGCCAAUUAGUCUGUCUUGGCAGCCGCUGCGGUGGCAGUUGGCAAUGGCAUCCUCAACCUGAUUAAGGUAAUGUAUAGAAACCAAUAACUGUAUGAAUAGGACAAGUGAUACGGACUCUGGGCCGAUGGUACAUGGUGCGGGGCUGCGUGCAAUUUGCUCAAUAAAAGAAUGCCGCACGCAAAAAUGUUAGCAGUACUUGACAGAUGUUUGACAAUGAACGGGGAUUAUCGGCGAUGUACCGGUAGGGGAGGGGGAACGAGUCCUUAAAGUUGGCGGCGGCUCCGCAGUCCCCAGCAUGAUGGAUACAGGGAUGAGCUCUUCUAGGUUUAGCUGCACAUGUGAAAUGAUUUGGUCUUCAAAAUUGAGUUGAUGAGAUGUGUAGUAUCUUGUACCCAAAGUAUAGUAUAGUAAAAAGCUUUCCUUUAUCACUAGCGUGCAAGUUUACAUGGAUAAAUAAUAGCUUUUUACUUUUA